AUGGCCGAGACGUGCAUUGUCUGUCUCGGCGACCUGCUCUCUGACCUCUCCGAGCCGCCACCGACCGGGGAACAAGCUCCGGAUGUCGCAGACGGCUCGCUUCAAGCUACGCACCUGAGCACCGAAGCUACCCUCCAGCAAGACACGCCGCCACAACCCGCCACAUCCGACGACGAGUCCCCGCCGGAAGACGAAGCUAUCGCGCACCUCCUACCAUGCGGACACAACUUGCACAACGAAUGUCUGAAGCCAUGGGUGGAGCGCGCAAACAGCUGCCCCAUUUGCCGCGCAAGCUUCAACGAGGUUCAGCUGCUGGCUAAAAUAGGAGGUCGAGUUGUUUCUUCAUAUGAAGUCGAAGACAAGCAGCAAGUCGCUGAGCUGGACCCGACCAUGAUCGUCGACGAGGACCUGCUCGAGCCUUCGUACGAGCCCUGCAUGGUAUGCGACGAUUUCGGAGACGAAGAACAGCUGAUGCUGUGCGACUUCUGUGACCGCCCUUGCCAUGUCUUCUGCGCCGGUCUUGACGAAGUGCCUGCAGGCGACUGGUACUGCCAGCAUUGCAUGGAAAACCCGUCCGCGCUGGGUGAACGGGAACGCGAACGGCAGCACAACCGCUCCGCUGUCACCUCCCGGCUGACGCAGCGGGAACGCGCAAUUCGCUCCAACAGGAGGAGGGCCGAUUCCUGGGCCCGCGUCUGGCAAGAGGUCAACCGUCGGACAGGCAUUGAUCUUGACUUUCCCUUCGACGAUGACCUUUCCAACCAAGCACGCAUUGAAGCUCAACGCCGGGAGAUUGAUGCCUAUCAAGCAAGAGUUCGGGCAGCAGAACGCCAAGGCAAUGCCGCUAGGUUCCGGCAACAUGCUGCUGCUCUCUUGGCACCUGGACGUGUACGGCCCGACCCCCCAGCACCCGAGUCACAGGAUGAACUUCGUGCUUGGAAUGCAUUUGAGAAGGCCAGGGAAGUCGCUAUCCCAGCCAACAGGAGAAAGCGGCAUUCUCCGUCCGGAUCCCCGAGCGAGCCCCAGCCUGAACCGGAACGAGCUCUCAAGCGCCCUUGCACCCGCCGUGCCACCACGACGGCGCUGCCGGGCUCUGCCAAUAACGGCGAAUCGUCAUCUGCAGCACGCGGCGGCGCAUCGACCUCUGCUGUCACCGCCUCUGCGGCUGCAUCCGCGCCUGGUCGCCCUGGCUCCAAGGGCGCUGCGGACAAUUCGGGAUCCAAUUUCCUGCAGUCGCUCUUGAAAGAGGUCGAGACUUCUACGCCAGCAGCUGAUCCUGCGCCCACAAGACGUCAGAACGCACCGAACCGUGGGGCUGAGCCGUCGUCACCUCCUCAAAUGUCUUCACCUGUUGGCUCGCCUCUCGGCUCGGGAGUAAUAACCCCUCGCGCCAUGACCCCGCCGCCCCUGACGCUAGCGCGGCCAUCGUCUCCCUUGCUAUCUUCGACUAUUACACCAAUCUUCCCUUCGGCGCCACGAUUUGCGCCAUACUCGCCUGCCGAGGAUAACCGGUUCGUACACGAGUACAGCGAGAACACUGGCGAGAGGGUACCUCGGAAGCGACGGGGUUCACAGCAGUCUGUUCUUGCGAGCCCUCCUCGCUCCAAGGAUGCAUCGCCUACUCGGGCCAACAUGUCAUAUUCCACCAAAGCCGAGAUUCAGCGCAUGGUGAAAGCUGCUUUGAAGCCGCUUUACUUGAAGAGUGAAGUCAGCAAAGACGAAUACACGGAUAUCAAUAUGAACAUAUCGAGGAGGAUGUAUGAGAAGGUUGGUGAUGCCACCAGCCUUGCAGAUCAGAAUACGAGAGAGAAGUGGCAGCAGGUUGCUUCUGAGGAGGUAGAUAGGGCUGUGAAGGCAUUGAAGACGGACGAUCUAUCACCACGAGCGGAAAGUUCUACAAGCGGCGAAGGCGUUUCACUGGUUAAUGGAUCUUCUUGA